AUGUCUUUCAAAGACACUUUCACCAAGGAUGAUCAGAAAGAGGGUCUUCUGGGAUACGACGACACCGCUUUCUACUACUUCUUUAGCAGUGUGCUGGUGACUGUGGCCGUGCCAUGGACCUGCUCAGUCAUUUAUAACUUCCUCUUCCCUGGUCAAGCCCAAGUGGAAAAGGAUUUUCCGACAAAAAGCAAGUCGGGAAGUAGAUACCAUUACUGUCAAAGUUCGCAGAUGGUGGACAAGAUAGAAAAGGCCCGCCAGCAUGCAAAGAGAAUAAGCGCAGGCUCCUCCUUGACUAUGGGUAUCAAGGUAUUACUCUUGGCCGGAAUUUGGUUGACAAUCUACUUGAUCCACUUGCACAUUGGCGAUGCGAAAGAGAUCAAGAGGUUUGACCCUUUCGAGAUUCUGGAAGUCAGCCCGGGUUCAUCAGCAACGGAAGUCAAGAAGGCAUACCGGCAGCUCUCUCUGAAAUACCAUCCAGACAAAAAUCCUGACGAUCCACUGGCUGCCUCGCGGUUCAUGCAAAUCACGAAGGCGCACAAUGCAUUGACAGACGAAACAGCCAAAGCCAACUACGAGAAGUAUGGCAAUCCCGAUGGUCCUCAGACAUCAAAAGUUGGCAUCGGUUUGCCACGCUUUCUGUUGGAGAAGGAGAAUCAUCUGAUGAUACUUUGCCUGUUCUUCUUCCUGCUGCUUUUUGUCGUUCCUAUGGCGUUCAUUUGCUACUACCAGAGGACCAAGAACUACGCAGCCAAUGGUGUCAUGAUAGAGACCCUGCAGUUCAUGGGGUACUACAUCAACGAAGCCACGAGACUAAAGAAUUGUCCAGAGCUUCUGGCAGCUUCAGCAGAAAGCAGGGGCAUGUCGUUGAGACCGUCAGACAAUGCGGAGAUGAAGUCGCUUGGAUCGCAGGUCGUUGAACACAAGAAGCGUCAGUUUAGCGCUCCCAUCAUCAUAAAGAACAAUUUCUUACUUCUUGGCCACAUGCAACGGCUUCACCACCUCAUGUCCGAAGAUCUCCGAGCAGAUCUGGAUGAGAUGCUGAGGCACUCGCAGAAGAUUACGCAGGCGAUGAUUGAGAUUGCCUGCAUGCGCGAGUGGUUCUUCACAGCUCAAGCAAUGAUCGAGUUCCGACGCUCCCUCAUACAGGCCUUGGACGUCAAGAGCUCGCAGCUCCUGCAAAUCCCUCACUUCAACGAAGAAAUCCUAAAGCAUUGCCUCAAGGGCAAGAAUGCCACGUCGACUCUGCUGGACUACUUGCAGAAAGACCGCGAUCAAAGGAAGGGGCUCACCACUAUGACACCUGACCAAGUUGCAGAUGUGGAGGCGUUUACUGCACAUGUCAGCAACAUGGAGCUGGAGGCCAAAACAGAGGUGGAGGACGAGAAUGAGAUUGUCGUUGGCGACAUUGCAACCGUCACCUGUCAGCUGACGCGGAAAAAUCUUCAGGAGGGCGAGGCCAUGGGCCCGGUGCAUGCGCCCUUCUUCCCCGAGCCUAAAUUCGAAGAAUGGUGGAUCUUCUUGGUGGAAGGUGCCCCGAACACAAGAAUUAUGGGCUUCGAGCGAAUUCGCGACACGGACAGGGUGGUUGAAGCCAAACUGCGCUUUCAGGUCUCACGACCAGGCAAGCACAGUCUCACCGUGCACGCGCUUUGUGAUUCAUACGUGGGCAUCGACCAGAAGGUCGAUUUGAACUUUGUUGUGAAAACAGAGGAGGAGGUGAAGCGAGAGAUCUUUGUUCAUCCUGAGGAUGAGGAUCUUGAUUUGCAGCCGACUCUGUUUCAACAGUUCAUGGGGGAGCUCGGAGGUGACGAUGAGAGCGAGGAGGAGGAGGACGAUGACAAGAAGAGCAAAAACAAAGUUGAAAAGCUUAGUGAUGGCAAGCAGCAGAAGGCCGAAAGCGAUAAUGAAGACGACAAGAAGGAGCGUGCAGAAGAGUGUGUGUCUGUGUGUGAAUUCUGUGUGAAUCCAGAAAUUUAG